GAGCAGCUCUGAGCAGGGCAGACAGCCUGGUGUGCUGAGCCACUGCAGCACAGUCACUUGUCCUUUUCUUUGCCCUCUGAACACCAACAGGUAUCCCCCUGCCAACUACGACCAGGUGCACUUACACCCCCACCUGUUCCCGGAGCAGCCCCGUGUUUCCCCCAGCAACUACAGCCCAUCGGGAGGCGUCGGGUUCCCUCCAGCCCAGCAAGCUCUGAAGGUCCCACAGCUCGACCAGUAUCCCAGUUUCCCUCAGAACGCACAUCAGCAGCAGCAGCACUACACGGCAUCGGCACUACAGCAGGCACUGUUGUCCCCGACACCUCCCGACUACAGCCGACACCAGCAGGUACCACACAUCCUCCAGGGACUGCUCUCCCCCCGGCACUCGCUCACGGGGCACACGGACAUGAGGCUGCCCCAGGCAGAAUUUGCACAGCUCAUCAAACGGCGGCAGCAGCAGCAGCAGCAGCAGCAAGAUUUCCAAGAGUUGUUCAGGCAUAUGAGUCAAGGGGACGCCGGGAACAUGGGCAGCAGCGUGGGACAGAGCCUGUCGGAGCGCCAGUCCUUGUCUUUGCCUUAUCAGAGUGCUGACACCUACCACCCCCAGAACAGCCCUCAGCACCUCUUAAAAAUCAGGGCGCAAGAAUGUAUGCAGCAGGUCCCUGCGCCCGUGGCACUGCCGCAGGGGUACGGACACCAGCCAGCCCUGUUCCACUCAGAGAGCAUGGAGGAGGACUGCGCCUGCGAGGGAAACAGGGACAGCUUUCCUGACAGUAAGAGUUCAAACACUUUGACCAAAGGUUGCCACGAGACCUCUCUGCUCGUAAGCGCAGGAGGGCACGGGGACCCCGAAUCUUUGCUAGGAACUGCUAAUCCUGCACAGGAGCUGGGAACACACCAGUACAGACAUCAGCCCGUGCCCGGAUUCAGGAAUAAGGUGCCCAGCAGAGAGUCCAUCGUAGGGAACUGCAUGGACAGGAGCUCCCCCGGCCAAGCCAUGCAGGUGCCUGACCACAACGGCCUGGGCUACGCCGUGCGCCCCGGCUGCAGCGAGCACCCGCGGCCCAGGGCCCUGCAGAGACAUCACACCAUCCAGAACAGUGAUGAUGCCUACGUGCAGUUAGAUAACUUGCCUGGAAUGAGUUUAAUGGCAGGCAAAGCUCUCAGCUCUGCCCGGAUGUCGGACGCUGUCCUCAGCCAGUCGUCGCUCAUGGCCAGUCAGCAGCUGCGCGACAGGGAGAGCGAGGAAUGUGGGGAGAGUUUGGAAGGUCAAGAGCACCCCAACCUGGGUGAUGGCAGCCCACACCUCAACACCUCCUGUUACCCCUCCACGUGUAUCACGGACGUCCUGCUGAGCUACAAGCACCCGGAGGUGCCCUUUGGGAUGGAGCAGGCAGGGGUGUAACCAGGAGGGAGGUUUGUGUACAGCUUUGAAACGAAAAGGUCCAUUUUAAACCAACAGUAUCUAGCAGCAUUGCGCCAAAUUGCCGUAGUAUUUCUGACUAACUGGAAUACCAUGGCCCCUUUCCUCAUCCUCACCUCAUCCAGUGUGUCGUUCCUUUGGGUUCUU